AGUUCUAGCAUCACCCUGCAGAUGCCCACGCCAGGCGCCGACUCUUUAACUCCCUCCGUGCUCUCCGGCCAACCAGGGCGCGGGGCGGGGAGAGGUCACCGGCCAAUCGCGUCCCACCGCCGUCCGCGAACCAGCCAAUGGCGUCGAGGCGGCCGGGUGAAUUCGAACGCUAACUCCUCGCUCUACGUUCCGCGCAAGGGAACGAGGCUCCAAAUUCAAAUCAACGCGGUCCGGCGUCGGCGCUCGGCGCUCGGCGCGAGGGGGCGUGGCCCGGGCGGCGGGGGCGUGGCCUGGGCGGUGCGAGCGCCGCCGCGCGGUGUGUGGGCGGGGCCGAGCGGCGGCGGGCGCUCCAGUUCCGGGUCAGGCCUUCUCCCACCGGGGCGGGGGCCUCUCCUCUCCAUGGCGAGCGGUAGCGGCCCGGGCGCGGCGGCCUCGGCCAACCUGAACGCGGUGAGGGAGACCAUGGACGGCUGCUGAAAACACAAGCUGACUUCCAGAGAAUUCCUGAUGAGAUAUGUCAAGCUUAGCAAGAAAAUUUGAAGAUUCCAUCAUAGUCAAGAUAUAAAAUGACAAUGCUGCAUGCUGAGUAGAAAAUGUUUUCUUUUACAAAGAAUUAUAAAACCAUGGCUGAGCAUGUCAGUGGGAAGUGGCUUGAGCGAGAAUCAGCACGUGUGUUUACAUCACGUCUUGUUGUAAUGGCCCCAACUCCAGAGUGUUGCCACACUUAUUUAUGUAUAUUUAUAGCUCUGCUAGCUGUGAGUUUCUAAACAGCAUCUACCCGACAUGCACAGCUGCUGAGCCUGUUUGAAGUUAGUGGGUUGUAUCAGAGGUGAUGUGUAGUAGUUAUGACUUGUUGACAUUACCAAUAUAAACCUUAAUUUUGAAUUGUUUAAGCAUAAAAACUGGCUGUGUGUUCCAUUGAGCUGUAAGUUAAUGGAAUUUGAGCUGCUGUUUGUGAAGUUUUCUGUUUCACAUCUUGUUUUUAAAAAUAGGAUCCAAAACAUCUCAAAUCAUCUCCUUAACAGAAUAUUUUGUUUUUUACCCAGUUUUUGGCAGUUAAAGGUGUAAAGAAGAUCAUUUUUAUAUUGCCGAAAACUUAGAACUUUUAGAAACUUGGAUUUUUAAAAAGGAAUGCCAGGGCUUGACUUAGCAUUAUUUGUAGUUUGAACCAUUAAAAUCUAAUAAGAACAGCUGAAAUGCAUUUCUCUGUAAAUCUUAUAACCACAUAAAGGUCCACAAAAUAAUGUAUGAAGUGAAAACAGCAAACAUACAAAAUUCCUUUUUAAUGUUAUUGCAUAAAAACAAUAAGCUUACUAGCGAAUCUUGAGUGGCUAUUAAGUCAGUACAUAGGUGGUGUAUUUCAACAGAUUAAUUCAUGUUUUCUAAAGAAGUAGGAUUUCCAGUUGUUCAACAAAAACUAAUGAAAUAUGUACCAGUAUUAUUUGCAGAAAAUGUUUGUAAUUUUUACCAUUAAAGCUUUUAACUCAUUAAAAUGAUGGUCAAAGAUAAAUUUGAAAAGCUGGAUGGAGUUGCUUCUGCCCCUGUUACAGAAUCUCAGUGGGAUAUUUUCAUGAGCUCAGUGUGUAUUUAAUCUGAAUUUUUUGAUUCUUAAAUUGUUUUUGUUUUGUUUUGUUUUGUUUUUCAAGACAGGGUUUCUCUGUGUAGCCCUGGCUGUCCUGGAACUCAUUCUGUAGACCAGGCUGGCCUUGAACUCAGAAAUCCACCUGCCUCUGCCUCCCAAGUGCUGGGAGUAAAGGCAUGCGCCACCACCGCCUGUCUUGAUUCUUAAAUUUUAAGUUUGAUUCCAUGCCAACCCUUUUUUAUUUCAGAGAAGCCAAGGUGGUUUUAAGCCACUUAGUAAUGAAGUAGCUGUUUCCUCUGCUCUGAGACUCAUCUCGUCUGCUGGUCAGUAGUCCCUGCUGUCAGAGGCUGAGGCCGAGGAACGGUGACUCGCAGGCCAGCGUACGCUGCUUAGGCAACAAAGUGAGACCUGAUCUCUACAGACAAAAUCUUGAUUGUGAUUGUUUUGACUUUUUACAUGUAUGGCAUCUUUACUAAGUAAAUUGAAAGGUCUAUUACAGGCAUCUCUUCCAAGUUGGGAGACAGUAAGAACUUGUAAGAACCAUUUGAUUAGUGAUAUGCAUAUAUUGUAUAUUAUUUUUAAAAUCAGAAAGUACUUUCUCAGAUUUCACAGUUUGUAUGUAUUUCUAGACCACAGAGUUGGUUGGUAGUUUUAUUUUUGAUUUUGUAGAUUAAGUUAUGUGUGAAACAAACUAGGAAAUUAUAUUUAGGAAAGAUUAUGUUUAGAGAGAACUUCCUAAUUGUGUCACAUUUUUAGAUGUAAACAUAUUUUUAAUGAGUACAUAAGUAAUAUUUAAGAAACCAGCGAUACAUGUUUGUCACCAGUGACAAAAAUAAAAUCAUUUUGUGUUA